CUCACAAGAAAGAAUCUCCAACCAUGCCAGCCUACGAAGUCGAACACGUCUGCCCCCUCACCGACGACCAAAAAGACCUCCUAGCCUCGGCAAUAACCAAAAUCCACAGCCAACAGUUUUCGGCUCCGAAGUUGUUUGUAAAUGUACGAAUUACGGAUAUCUCUGGACAGAGGACAUAUGUAGCUGGAAAACAGUAUAAAUCCAACCGCAUAUUCGCAUACGUACGCCAUGGGCCUUCCCGCACACAAUCUGAUUACGACGUCGUGAGUAAAGCUCUAACCCAAGCGUGGGAGGAAAUCGUGCCUGGCACGGAAUUGCGAUUGGUCAUGUUCUAUGGAGCUAUAGUGGCGGGCAUGGAAGCUGGAUUUUCUAUCCCGCAGGCUGGAGAUGAUAAGCAGUGGAUCGAGGAGAAUAUGGAGGCGUUUAAGAAAAAGGCGGAGGAGGGAGAUGAGCAUUUCAGAGAGUUGGCUGAGGAGUAUGGGAAAUAGUGGAUGAGAGAUGUAGGUUUGCUACGAUUGAGAUCAAGAUCAACGCUGUAUGUUUAGGAGA